AUGCACCAAGUAGCCUACGCAGUGAUCUUGGCAUCCUCGUAUGCAUAUGCAGCACAAAUAGGUGAAGCAGAUGCUAGCUUCACGUCAUGGCCCAGUGCUACUGUUGUGCGGCGGCAAGAACCAUCCCCGUCGGAUCGCAAUAAUCGGGAUAACGACGACGGCAAAGUGCCUUUCCGCGCGCCGUUUCUUACCUUUGCCAUCGUGGCUGUCGCAGUAUUUCUGCUAAUUAUAUUUCUAAUUGUGCUCCGAAUUCUCGUAUGGAAUCGGCGCGCACGAUUGCGAAACAAUCAACUUGAGGCACGCCCUUUUUUUACGCAUGCGCAUAUUACACCGCAGGACCGUACAGCGCCACCGCCUUUGCUGGAGAAAACGGCGGUUUCCUGCUACUCGGAAUCGCCUGGAUCAGGCGCGGCGGGUGUGCCUAUUGCCAACUGGAGCGCAAUCCAGCCCUUGUCGGUUUGCUUUGACGAAAAGGUCACCGCGGCGAUGCGCCCUGCGCUGGAGUCACGCAAAGAGCGCGAAGAGGAUUUGGGCACCAAGGAAAUGCCGCCUGAUGAGCCGGUAGAUGCACAUGUACAGCUGACAUGCCUUGUCGCGUUUCCUACGGAACAUACCGUAUUCCCUGACCAUCUUCGGAGCCGCCGGCAUGGAAAUGGUGCGCGUUCAUAUUUGUCAAAGCCAGAACACCUAAGUCUUGGAGGAGACCGUACGGGAGAUUUUUCCGGUGCGCAGUCGACCCCGAAGCGUGCCGGCAGUAUUCAUUCGCAAAUGUCCAUUAAAGAGCUUGGCGAGGCGCGGCGCGCUGCUUACUUUGACCACUUGGUGAACAACGAGCAUGGUAUGCCCGACCAAGAGAGCGCCACUCAUUUGCAAUCCAUGCGUGCCAGUAUGGUUCGCGAGAGCUCACGGCCUGCAGAUCUGUCACGCCAAAACUCGCAGCGUGUGCCCAUGUCGCAUGCCACUGAUACUGGUGUCGACGAUGAUACAGACGAGUUUGUUGGCAUCUUCGCAUUUGGAUCCAAGGUCCUGCCUGUUCACAGUGUUCGAGACGCGGUGCUGAAGAGAGACGAUUUUGUACACUUGUUUGAAAAAGCACACGAUCCUGCUUAUGAGGGGGCGUAG